AUGUCUUCUAGUUCCUCUGCUUCAUGCAAUGUCAGUGGUAGUAGUAAUUCAUCUGAGUCAAUGAAAGACCUCUACCCUUUGUGGAAGUUUGUUGUUAAGGGUGAUAAAAUAUCGGGUGGUGGAGGAAAUUAUAAUUGGAAAUGUAACUUUUGCGGCGAAGUUAAAAAUGGUUCAUACACUAGAGUGAAAGCUCAUUUGCUAGGUGAACAAGGGAAAGGGAUUCAAACUUGUAAUAAAGUGAAAAUUGAUGACCUUGCUAAACUAAGAUCGCUUCAUCGUGAAUCCGAGGAUUAUAAAAAAUCUUUGUUACCAAAAGUUCCACCUUUUUCAAAUGAACCCAUAUCUUCUCACACAUCAACUGAAGCUACAUCAAUGAGACUAGGUUCAUUUGAUAAUGUAAAGAAGAGGAAAUCAAAAAAUACAAUUUCCGAUGCUUUUAAUGUGAAAUCUCGUGACCACUUGGAUUCUGAAAUUGCUAGAAUGUUUUACACAGGGGGGUUGCCUUUUAAUCUUGCUAGAAACCCUUACUAUGUUAGUUCAUAUACAAUGGCUGCCAAUUCUAAUCUCUCUGGUUAUAAGCCUCCCGGAUACAACAAACUUAGAACAACUUUGCUUUGUAAAGAGACAGAAAAUGUGGAUAGGUUAUUACAACCUAUGAAAGCCACAUGGAAAACAAAAGGUGUUAGCAUUGUUAGUGAUGGGUGGAGUGAUCCACAAAGAAGGCCUUUGAUUAACAUUAUGAUUGCUUCUGAAACGGGUCCUAUGUUUAUGAAAGCUAUUGAUUGCUCGGGUGAGAUUAAGGACAAAGAUUUCAUUGCUACCUUACUAAGUGAGGUGAUUGAUGAAAUUGGAGAUCAAAAUGUUGUUCAAAUAAUCACAGAUAAUGCAAGUAAUUGUAAGGCUGCAGGGGAAUUGGUUGAGGGCAGGUAUCCUCAUAUAUAUUGGACACCAUGUGUUGUUCAUACACUUAAUCUUUCAAUGAAAAGCAUCUGUGCAGCUAAGAAUGUGUUGAAUAAUGUUGAAGUAUAUGAUGAAUUUCAUUGGAUAACGGAAGUUCAUGCAGAUGCCUUGUUCAUUAAAAAUUACAUAAUGAAUCAUUCGAUGAGGCUUUCAAUGUUCAAUAAGUUUUCGCCAUUAAAACUACUUUGCAUUGCCGACACUCGUUUUGCUUCAAUUGUGUGCAUGCUUAAAAGGUUGAAACUCCUUAAAACAUCACUUCAAUCAAUGGUUAUUAGUGAGAAUUGGUCCUUAUACAAGGAUGAUCGACGCGGGCAAGCCUCACAUGUAAGGGAAAAGAUUUUGGAUGAAAUAUGGUGGGAAAAAGUUGAUUACAUUCUUGAUUUUACACGACCAAUCUAUGAGAUGAUUAGGGUUUGUGACACCGACAAAUCUUCCUUGCAUUUGGUUUAUGAAAGAUGGGACAUUAUGGUUCAAAAGGUGAAAGAUGCCAUCUACAAGAAAGAGGGUAAACUAGAUUAUGAACAAUCUACCUUCUUUAAUGUAGUUAAAGGGAUUCUUAGUAGUCGUUGGAGUAAGGGUAGUACUCCACUUCAUUCAUUAGCACAUUCUUUGAAUCCAAGAUUUAACACGGAAGAAUGGCUUAAUGAGGUCCCGGGACGAGUUGCUCCAAAUGCCGACAAUGAAAUUUCCACACAAAGAUUACAAUGCUUUCGAAGGCUUUUCCAAAGUCCCGAUGAAAGAUUCAAGAUCAACACGGAAUUUGCAAUAUUCUCACAAAAAUCAGAGGGGAUCUUUCUCAACAUUGAUUGCAUGCAUGAUAUGGCUUUGAUGGAUGCUAAAAAUUGGUGGGCAACUUAUGGUUCCCAAGUGCCUAUGCUUCAAGGUUUGGCUUAUAAGCUAUUAGGUCAACCUUCUUCCUCUUCUUGUAGUGAAAGGAAUUGGAGCACCUAUAAGUUUAUUCAUUCUUGCACUAGAAAUAAGCUUACUCCUAAACGUGCUCAAGACUUGGUAUACAUUCAUAACAACCUUCGAUUACUUUCUAGGAGAAGUGAAGAAUACACUAAGGGGAGAUCUAAGUUGUGGGAUGUGGGUGGAGAUGAGCAUGACAACCUAGGAGAGGUUGGUAUUCUAGAGAUGGCCGAGCUCUCACUUGAUGAACCCGAGAUGGAGAAUAUGAUUUUUGAUGAUGUACUUGGUGAUGGUGAAGAAUGA